AUGGAUCCUCUUCUGGAACAAGUUUUGGCGGGCUUUAACACAACCCUCGGAGCUUCAAAUCGGACAGACCUCCUGGAUAAAUUUUCAGGAACCCAGCUGCUUUUCCGCUUCAAACCUCUGUUUAUUCCACUCUACGCCUUGGUUGUUGUUGUGGCUGGUGUCGGGAACAGUUUCCUUCUUGCCUGCAUUCUGACAGAUAAGAAGCUCCACAAUGCCACUAAUUUCUUUAUUGGCAACCUGGCAGCUGGGGACUUGCUGAUGUGUCUGAGCUGUGUGCCAUUGACAGCGUCGUAUGCUUUUGAUGCACGUGGUUGGACAUUCGGCCGUCCAAUGUGCCACCUUAUUCCUCUGUUACAAGGUGCAACGGUCUUCACCUCUGUAUUGUCUCUCACCGCCAUCGCCAUGGACCGUUAUGUGGUGGUGGCAUACCCAGUACGGAGGCGUAUCUCAGUGUGGGGCUGUGGCGCAGUGGCAUUGGGUGUCUGGGCAGUUUCGUUGGCCCUCGCUGCUCCCCCUUCCCUCCACACACGCUACGUGGACCUACGACCCAGUGGCAUGGAGCUGGUAGUAUGCGAGGAGUUCUGGUUGGGAACCGAACGACAGCGCCUACUCUACUCCUGCUUCUUCUUGCUGGCUUCCUACAUGAUCCCCCUGCUGUCUGUAAGCAUCUCCUACUGUGCCAUCAGCGUGCACCUCCGCAAACACACGUUGCCUGGAGAGCCGUCCCAUAGCCAGCAGCGAUGGAGCAAACAGCGGCGCAAGACUUUCUCCCUUCUGGUGGCCUCUGUCCUCGCCUUUGCCCUCUGUUGGCUCCCGCUGCAAGUCCUCAAUCUCCUUCUGGAUCUAGACUCGGAUUUCCAGAUCGUUGACAAGCGCUAUGUCAACGUGCUGCAGGUCAGUUGCCACCUGAUAGCCAUGAGCUCAGCCUGCUACAACCCCUUCAUCUAUGCCUCGCUGCACAGCAAGGUCCGCAUGCACCUGCGUGGUUACCUGUGCCCUUGCAGACGGAGUGGACAGGAGCUACUAUCUCGCUGCGCCUCCCGCAACCCUGCCACCUGCUUGACGCUCAUCUCUGAAGUAGCAGUGAAGGAGAGCCAAUCACCUGAGAGCCCCGUCCCCGACAGCUGCCUCUGA